CCUGGACUGUGUUUCAGUGAUUUCAGGGAGAGUUCGGUCGUGACCAAGUUCUUCACAGUGGAUGAUGUCACCUCUGAUUCGACCAAUCACAGCCCUCCUCUGAUUACGCUGACCAAUGAGAGCGAAGCACAGCCCGCUCCGGCCCCGCCCUCUCACCCGCAGAGCUCACACGCCACUUCCUGUCCCCAGACGUCCACUUCCUGUGGACAGAAGCGCUCAGCCUCAGGUCUGAGGACUUCAGGUCUGAGGACUCAGACGAAGACGAGGUCUCCAGAUCAGACCCUGAAGAUCAACACAAGUCCUUCAGGUUUCCUCAGACCAGAAGACUCCUUUUUCCUGAAGACUUUGAGCAGAACUGAGAAGAACCGAAUCCAGAGAGACACAGAUUUUAUGAGGUGUUCUCAGUGUCUCGGGCUCAGAGUCUCAGACCCUGCAGCUGUUUUCUGUUGUCUGUGUGGAGCUCGACUCGGCCCAAUCCCCCCUGCAGCGCCCCCCCCAGAGAGAACACAGAUGAUGUCGUGCGUGUUCUGUCAUUCUCCGGUUCCUGUUUGUUCUGAGUCGUGUUUCGUUUGUGACGCGUCACUCGCUCCACAGCUCCGCCCCCAGAGCGCCCUGCACCUGUCUGCUCCGCCCCUGUGUGCGUGUGGCGCCGCUGGCCCCGCCCACUCCAGGUGUGUGUUGUGUGACGGCGGGAGCGGCGCCCCCUGUGGGAGGUGUGGAGCCUUUACACUCAGCUCCGCCCCCUUCUGCUCCACCUGUGGCUUCAGAGCUCCGCCCACAGACAGCCCAGCAGCCAAUCAGGCUCCGCCCACGUCCGAGCAGAGCACUCAGACUGUAGGACUCUACUUCCCAUCAGCCACUGCUCUGAGACCCAAACCAAACCAGAACCAGGACCAGAACCAGAACCAGAACCAGGACCAGAACCAGAACCAGACCCAGAGGAAGCCAAGGCCGAGGGGCGGGGUCAGCCCUGGGAGAGGGUUCUGGAGGCAGCAGGUGGACCAUGUGUGUGCUCACCUGAGGAGCCACGCCCAGAACCACGCCCCCUUCAGGACACUGCUGGGAGAACCGCGCCUCGGACGAUUGGUCUCUGCUGUGGUUCAUGAGGAUCCUCACGAGGUCACACUGACCCUGAGCUUCUCCUCUGUGACCCCUGUGACCCCUGUGACUCCUGUGACCUGCGCUGACAGAGGAGCACCUGCAGGGGGCGGGCUCCAGACUCUCAGCAGCCUCACAGAAGGUCUCUGCUGAGACUCGGCCGGACUCUGCCGAGACUCGGCCGGACUCGGCUGGACUCACCUGGACUCACCUGGACUCACCUGGACUCACCUGGACUCCAACACUCACCAAACUCUGUGAAUAACUGGAGGAUGUGACGCUGAUGACGACACGACGCUCUGUUCUGUAAAUGAACUUAAACGGUUUUGAAUCAGUCGACUUGAGUGAACCUGUUUGUACAAAGACUCUAAACAUGUGUUUUCAUGCUGUUUCACUUGAUUUUAUUUCUUCUUUUUCCUCUUUUAUGUUACAUAUUAGUUUCAUAUUUGUUCACUUUUGACUCUUGGGUUUUUGUAAAAUGUUUAAUUUGUAUUUUCCCUAAAACAAAGAUUCAAAUUAGAGAUGAUAAAAUGUG